CCACAUCAGUUGAAGUACUGGACGACCUGAAAACUUUGUAUUCGCAUCCCCUCAGGUAAUGGACAGCAGGAUCAGACCGCUUGGCCUGGCCGGGCACACUGCCAACCCGCUCGGUGGCCUGCAGGUGCCCCCUUCCCUCCUGCGCCCUCCGCCUCUUUUCCUGCGGGCUUGCAACCCCUCGCUGGAGAGGGGAUACCCCCGCACCCCGAAGUGCGCCAGAUGCAGGAACCAUGGCGUGGUCUCCGCGCUAAAAGGCCACAAGCGCUUCUGCCGCUGGAGAGACUGCGUGUGCGCAAAGUGCACCCUGAUAGCGGAGAGGCAGCGGGUGAUGGCCGCGCAGGUGGCGCUGAGGAGGCAGCGNGAGGCCCGGGAGCUGCGGCUCUUGUACCCCGGCCCGGGGAUCGGUGGGGAAACAGGGAUCCCUCAGGGGUCACCCGUAGGCCCCGGGGUGCCAGCAGCUACCGGCAGCACUCCAGCAGCUCCCAGUUUUGAUGUUUUUGGAGCAGAGAACCAAAAAGAUGAUGACAAAUUGAGCAAGUACAACUUUUAUAACGGAUUCAUGGGUCGACCCCUGUUUGCACCCCACACCGUACGGCUGCCCUCUCCAAAUGACAAGAAGGAUCUGUCUCCAAACAAGGACAACUCCGCUUCAUCCACUGAUGACAGCGCGAGUCCAUCCCCGGUGUUUGAUCACACUGAGAGUCCACCGAGGUCGCUCUCCUCCUCGGAUCCGGAGUCAGGCAGCGAGUCAGAGAAACCCAAGGACUUCCCGAGCCUGGACCGGGACCCCACCGAUAUCAUGGCCAGGAUCUUCCCCCAUCAAAAACGAGACACCCUGGAGUCUAUGGUGAGAACGUGCAAAGGCGACAUUGUCAGAUCCAUUGAGCUGGCGCUGAGCUCCAAAGAGAACAAAAUUGACUCUGACUCUCUGUCUAAUCACCCACACGCACCCAGGCCUUCUGUUGGGUUGCCUGCAGCGCUCGGUGCUCUGGGGAACAAGUCUGCCUUCUCCCCGCUUCACAUGCCACCGACGGCAGCCGGGGGAGACAGUCUGUACGGGCUCAACCCUCGCCUCGGUGUCAGCCCCCUGCGGCUGGCCUAUUCCUCCGCAAACGGCGGCAUGGCAGGUUUUAUGUCUCCAUACAUGACAUCCGGACUGAUGCCAGUGUUUCCACUGCGUCCACCCUUGGACUCAUAUUCCUUCCCGGGCAUGAUCCGAGACCUGUCAUACCUUCAGAGCAAGGACUCACUAUGCAGCACAGGUCUCUAUGCACGACUCAACAGUGAAAAAUGACACUCCAAAAAAUAAAUAAAUAAAUAAAUGACACAUGCAAAAUGUUAUUAUUUUGUUAAUGUUAUUGUAAUAUGGCUUCCAGAUUUGCCUUUAAAUCUCCUUUCAAGUGCCUCAAACCCAGCUAAAGUGCUGGUUGAUAUCCAUGCAUUCUGACAAUUCCCUUUUAAAACUUUUUUUUAGAAUGUACAUGUUGUGUAAAGAUUGUUUAUUAUU